GUUUAUAAGUGAUUAAAUUAUUAUUAAUUGCUUUAGAGGUAUACAGCAACUGGCACUCACCUCCAAGUGGAAAAGCAGACUUGACCUGUCAACAGAUUUUGUCUUCUAUACAAUUAGAGAGAUAAAGGAGAAAGCAACCCUGUUCUUCUUCAUCAUUGAUCAACUCCCCAAAACCGCCAUCGUCAGCGCUUCACCUGGCUGCACAGUCCAAUCUAAGGCCAUGUCAAGGAGCAGCAACACCUCACAGGUCAUAACAUGCAAAGCUGCAGUUAUAUGGGGAAUUGGGGAGAGAUUGAAGGUGGAAGAGAUACAAGUAGACCCACCAAAUUCUUCUGAAGUUCGAGUCAAGAUGCUUUAUGCUAGUAUUUGUCACACUGACAUCUCCCGUGCCCAGGGAUAUCCCUUUCCACUUUUCCCUAGAGUUCUAGGGCAUGAAGGAGUUGGAGUGGUGGAGAGCAUAGGAGACAAAGUAAAUGGGCUAAAAGAAAGAGAUAUUGUGAUGCCAACCUUCAUUGCACAGUGUCAAGAAUGCGAGAAUUGCACAUCAAAAGAGACUAAUCUGUGCCUGAAAUUCCCAGUAAACCGCAAUGGUCUAAUGCCAGAUGGCACCUCAAGAAUGUCCAUUAAAGGCCAUAAGCUGUACCAGUUGUUUACUUGCUCCACAUGGACUGAAUACAUGGUUAUUGAUUCCAACUACGUUGUUAAGAUUGAUCCAACCAUACCUCUGCCUCAUGCAAGUUGUUUAUCAUGUGGGUUUACAACUGGGUUUGGAGCAGCUUGGAAGGAAGCAAAGGUUAAAGAAGGUUCUAGUGUGGCUGUUUUAGGCCUUGGUUCUGUUGGGUUAGGGGUUAUAGAAGGAGCUCGAAUGCGAGGGGCAGCUACCAUAAUAGGUGUGGAUAAGAAUGGAAAGAAAAGAGAGAAGGGACAAGCUUUUGGAAUGACACAUUUCAUAAACCCAGAAGAAUUUGAUAAACCCAUUUCACAACUGGUGAAAGACUUGACUAGUGGAAUAGGAGUGGAUUAUUGCUUCGAGUGCAGUGGUGCUGCACCAUUGGUCAAUGAAGCUCUUCAAGCCACUAAAAUGGGAAUAGGGAAGGCAAUAGUGGUAGGUGCUGGAAGUGAAACUGUGAAGAUUGAGUUCUGGCCCUUACUGGCAGGCAGAACUCUAAAGGGGUCCAUUUUUGGAGGGCUCACAAUAAAAACUGAACUUCCAAAAGUGCUGGAAAAAUGCAAAAACAAGGAAUUCCAUCUUGAUGAGCUUUUGACUCAUGAAAUUUCAUUGCAAGACAUAGACAAAGCAUUUGAGAUGUUGAAGCAACCAGAUUGUUUAAAGAUUGUUAUCAAGAUUCAGUAGUUCUCAGCUACAACCGUAGAGCAUGUCUGCCCUUCAAUAAAAUUUUCUGCAACUCUAUCAGAGAACACUGGCCAUCCAUGCAAAUAAAUUGGCGUAAAAGCUGUAACUAAUAUCUUUAAAAUGGGGGUACAUGUAUUAGGGUGUCAGGAUUAAGCUGUUCUCAUAAAUCCUUGUAGUUGGAUAAAUGAUUUCGUUGGCAUGGAACUAGCAAACAAAUAAAAUGAAAAAAGAUGCCAUGAACUUUGCAACCCA